UCCAGAUUGUGGCAGUCAUUCAAGUAGGAGACGGCUGAGCCUAGAAUACUAACAUUUGUCCUCAGAUGAGGAAGGAUAGGUUUCAAAGGAGUCUUUUCUGGCAGUUCUAAUUUGAUCUUCAUGUGCCUUUUCCCAGAAGCAGUGUUUUGUUCUAGCCAGAGGUGUUCUUGGUGGCUCAGUACAUGUAAAAACACAGCCUUCCCGUAAUGACAUUUGGGAUUGGGACAAGGUGAAUCUAUUUGUCAAUUGACUUAGAGAAAAUUACUUUAUUAAUAGCUAUUGCCCCACCUACCUGACACCGGAAUCGGUUCAGACAGUGAAAUCAGACUAUAUACAACUAAUCAACUCCUCCCAUGGGUUUCCUCAGAAUCCACUCACUGGCUUAGAAAUUCUGCUACCUAAAAAUACCAAAUGAACUGGGAUUCUGACUGAAAAGAUACUCAACAGACUUAUUGAAAUACCAUAGUGUGAAAUUCCAGAGUGUGCUGACCAUUGGAGUACAUGUGGUUAAUGGUGCAGUUUAGCAUGCUGAGUUGUUCUACUUUUUGGUUAUUUUGAAUAAUGCUGCUAUGAACAUUAGUGUCCAAGUCUUUGUGUGCACAUAUAUUUUCAUUUCUUUUGCAUAUAUACCUAAGUGGAGUUGUUGGGUCAUAUGGUAACUCUAUGUUUUACAACUUGAGGAACUAGCAGACUUGUUUUCCAAAACUGCUGCAACAUUUUAUAUUCCCCGCAGCAGAGGUGUUGGGGUUCGUUUCUCUACAUCCUCGCCAUCACUUGUUAUUGUCUAUCUUCUUGAUUAUAGUCCUCCUCAUGGAUGUGAAAUAGCAUCUCAUUGUGCUUUUGAUUUGCAUUCCUUUAAUGAUGAUUAAUUGAGCUUUUUUAUGUACUUAUCGAUCAUUCCUAUAUUUUUAGAGAAAUAUCUGUUCCUUUACUCUGCCUGUUUUUAAAUUGGGUUGUCUUUUUAUUACUUAGUUGUAAGAGUUCUUUAUAGGUAUUCUGGAUACAAUUUCCUAUCAGAUAAAUGAUUUAUAGAUAUUAUCUCUGUCGGUGGAUUGCCUUUUCACUUUCUUGAUGGUGUCUUUUGAAGUGCAAAUGUAUUUUAUUUUGAUAUAGUCCAAUUUAUUAAUUUUUCUUUUUAUCUCUUUUGUUUUUGGUGUUGUACCUAAGCAAUCAUUGCCUAGUCCAAGUUCACAAAAUUUAGUCAGAUGUGUUCUUCUAAGGUUUUUAAAGUUUAAGCUCUUAUAUUUAGGCCUUUGAUUCAUUUGGUGUAUGCUGUGAGGUAGGGGUCCAAAUUCAUCCUUUUGGCAUUUGGAUAUCCAGAACCAUUUGUUGAUAAAACUAUUUUGAACCUGUUUUUAAAACUGAAGUGUCAUAGACUACUUUCCAACUUAGUACCUCUAGAUCUACUUUAUUCUUUUUAAUGACCACAAAGUAUUAUUUUCAUAAAUGUAUCUUAUUAAUUGCUCACCUGUUGACAUUAAUAUUAUCUUGGGGGGGUUCUAUUGAAAACAAUGAAAAAUAGCAUCCUCAUUACAUGUAUCUUUAUAUAUUUGGCCUAGUAUUUUGUAAACUUUGUAUGUUUGGGGAUGCGGUGUUUAAUUUUAGUAGAGGCUGCUAAAUUUCCCUCCAAAAAGGUUAUAAACUUUUUCUUCAGCAGACUGUGAAUGCCCAUUUUUAAAGUGGAGCAAUUACCAUUCAUUCUUGUUGCUCAAUCCAUUAUAUGUACAGAUUGAGUACCCAGUAGGCACUUAGUAAAUAUUGACAGGCGAUAAAGAUAAGGGCAAAAUUGAGGGGCUCCCUGCAGUUUGGAUUAGAGUCACUUUAAGCUGGUCAUUGAGACAAAGACUAUAAAGCCAACUAAUGCAAAAUUCAGCAGCUAAAAGAAAAUUGACAUAUGAAAGUAGGAACAAAGGUAGCCAAGGUUAUGUAGGUGAUAUUCUUAUGUUCUUUACAGAUUAAAUAAAGCAUAUUGUUUGUGGAGUCCAAGAUGUUUACUGGCAAUUAUGAUAAAGGAUUGCCACAAAAACUGUUCCAGAAGUAUAUAACAAAAGAAAUUUUGAUUGACAGGUAUAAGAGUUGUAGUUAGCAAAAUAUAAUUGAAUGUAUGAUGGGAAGAUUACCACCUUGGAAGUGCUGAGAUUAAUCACUGUUGUCUCUCAAAUGUGGUUUGAUAAGAGAAUUAUCAGUACAGUAAGUUCAAAUUUAAGAAUGUAUUUGAAAAUCACUGCUUCCAGCUUUUCUGAUAUGGAGUAAUGAUCUGAGACUGACUAAUCUUGGCCAACAGAACUGAAGGUCGGCUAUGUGACAGAAAUGACACUAUAGUAUAAUGUGAAACAUUGUCCCGCUUAAGCUCAUAGCUGACAGAGGAAAUAAAGGAGAAAACCAAAGAACAGAGCAGAAGUCUCUAUCAUCUCUGGCAAUGCAUAUGCCAAUAGGUGCCUUUGAAGAUGAGACCAUGAAGCUUCGACAGCUGAAGCUUGAUAAUCAGAGAGCACUGCUGGAGAAGAAGCAGAGAAAAAAACGCCUUGAGCCACUCAUGGUACAGCCAAAUCCAGAAGCAAGGGUACGUCGAUCAAAGCCAAGAGGUAGCGAGGAGCAAACUCCAUUGGUGGAAGCUCAUACCCCGCAGAACGAUGUCAUCCUACAAGGCAUUGAUGGUCCAGCGGCCUUCUUGAAGCCAGAUGCUCAAGAUUUGGAAACCAAACUUCAUGUUCUCUCAGUAGGCGCUUCUGCUACAGAAGAGGAUACAGAAGGAAGUGUUGAUGGGGAAAGCACUUUGGAGACUGUGUCCAAGCCAGAUCUCCAGGAGAUUCUCCAAAAACAUGGUAUCUCAGGUAGUUUGAACUUCGAUGAAGAGGAGACCGAUGGAGAGGAAGAAGGGAAAAAAUUAUGUCAUUCACCAUAUUCAGAGGCAGAGAGACCCAAUUCUGCAUCCAGCCAGAAAUCAACCACAGAUGCGGGAGCUUCCGGUACUGCAGCCCAACAAACGGAUAACCAGCUGGGAGAAGUGGAGAACUUAGAGGACUUUGCAUAUAGUCCUGCCCCUCGGGGGAUUACAGUCAAGUGUCGGAUAACCAGGGAUAAAAAAGGAAUGGAUCGGGGUCUCUUCCCCACUUACUAUAUGCACUUGGAAAAGGAUGAAAACCGGAAGAUAUUUCUUCUUGCAGGUAGGAAGCGGAAAAAGAGCAAAACAUCCAACUACCUUAUCUCCACUGAUCCAACAGAUUUAUCUCGUGAAGGGGCAAGUUAUAUUGGCAAACUCAGAUCCAACCUCAUGGGGACCAAGUUCACAGUUUAUGACCAUGGUGUCAGCCCAACCAAGGCCCAAGGUCUGGUAGAGAAGGCCCAUAUCCGGCAGGAGCUGGUAGCCAUCUGUUAUGAAACAAAUGUACUUGGAUUUAAAGGUCCUAGGAAAAUGUCUGUCAUCAUUCCAGGGAUGAAUAUGAAUCAUGAACGGAUCCCCUUUCGGCCACGAAAUGACCACGAGAGCUUGCUUUCCAAAUGGCAAAACAAAACCAUGGAGAACUUGAUUGAACUGCACAACAAGGCCCCAGUCUGGAACGAUGACACGCAGUCCUACGUCCUGAACUUCCAUGGCCGGGUCACUCAGGCAUCUGUGAAGAACUUUCAGAUAGUCCACGAGAAUGACCCUGACUACAUAGUCAUGCAGUUUGGACGUGUGGCAGACGAUGUGUUCACCCUGGACUACAACUACCCGCUGUGUGCACUUCAGGCCUUUGCCAUUGGGCUUUCUAGCUUUGACAGCAAACUGGCAUGUGAAUGAGAGAAACGGCAGGUGCCAAGCUUUCUCACUCAGAGCUUUCAGGAGCGGAUAUUGCCUCCUCUGCUUUUGCCCCAGGACAUGAAGAGCGACAGCCCGCCCCUUGGGGAGCAAUCCCCGAAUGUAUGUAUAUGUUUAUACGUGCGUGUGUACAUGUAUUUAGGGGUAUAUAUACACACGCACGUAUGUACACACACACUCAACUUCUCUGGGUUUUACAGACCCGGUCAGGGAUCACAGCUUCACAUGGGUGAGACAUGGUUCAGAGCACAGAAGGUUCCUGUCCAGAGCACAUUGGUAACUCCUGAGGUGAUUGCCCAAAGAUUCUGUGCCUCAACAGUCAGAUUUCCUAUGCUUGGAAACUUGCAGCAAGAAUCACGUUCUAAUGAUUAAUUACCGGGGUCUUUUUUUGGAAGACCUUUUCAGAGUGGGAGAGUUCCCUAAAUUGCCUUUAGUCUUCAGGUCUGUAGACUUUUUCUGUAAAUGGCCAAGAGAGUCCCUCACAGCUGCUCAGCUCUGUUGUACCACAAACACAGCCAGGGCCAGUUCAGAAGCUAGUGAGUCUGGCUGUGUUCCAUUGAAACUUUAUUUACAAAAACAGGCAGCAGGCCAGAUUUGGCCUGUGGGCUGGUUUGGGGGCCCUGGCUCUAGGGAUAUUUCUGUAAAUGAUGGGCCUCGGCAUCUUCCAGAAUGGGCCCGUGGUCGUGACAUCAUAUGAGUGGGAAAUGGGUAUCUCUAGGAAGCAACAGUCCCACAGACUGGAUCCAAAAAGGUACUCGGCUACAUCCACAUAGCUUUUAUGUUGUUUUCUAUUUUUUAUUUAUUUUUAUUUCUUUUAAGUAAGCCUUACGUCCAAUAUGGAGCUUAAACUCACGACCCUGAGAUCAAAAGUCACAUGCUCUACUGAUGGAGCCAGCCAAGUACCCCUUAAAAUUUUUUUAUUAUAUAUUUUUUUCAAGUAAGCUUUAUGCCCAACGUGGGGCUUCUAAAAAUUUUUAUUUUUAUUUUACUUUUUUUUUUUUAAGUAAGCUUUGCUUUUACCUUGUUUUGGUGAUGGGGUUUUCCAGAGAAAACCCCAAAUCAGUGAUCAUUUUGAGUCCACACAGGUAGCUUAAUUCUGCUGUCCUACCCAAAGUACCCAUGGGAGAAGACGUCAGCCACUUUACCAGCCGACAUACGCUCUCUUGGAAACACAUCUAGUAUUGUGUGGUCUCUGUCAGAGGGAGUGUGGUAUUGUUAGAGCUGGCUUGCCUUCCUUGUGGGGCUUGGAUGGUACUGACGUCACUGUCCCCUACUUCCCCCUCUUUCCUCAGAGCAGGUUGGCUAGCAGCAAUCUCAGUCAAAGCGGCUAUGGCCAAGUUUUGUGAUCAGUGAUGUGAGAAAUGUAUUGUCUUAAUUUCAGUUUAGGCUGAAAGCAUAAACUCUAGAGGUGACUUAGUCUAAUUAAGACUGAGCGUAAUUUGACAGUUGCCUUCAUUUUCAAUCCAGGAGUGCCUCUUACAGCUAUAUUACUAUGAAGUCAUAGUAUAGAGGGACACACACACCUGUAGACCAUGUAAGAGGUAAGAGAACAUUGUGUAUCGAAACUUGUCAUUGUCAUUAUCCAGAGAGGUGGCAGGGAGGCUUUGGUGACUGAGCUCUGCAGACCGUGUUAGGCAGAGCUUUGGACCUUUCUUCUUAACAGAAAUAUUAUCAGCUCCCUAAAGCCUGGCUCACUGGUACCCAUCACGUUCCUGUCCCUUUUCCUCGCAGAUCAUAAGAGUUUUGCCAAGUCUUUCAGAUUAUUAGCACCUCCCAACAAAUCCUAUGACUCUGCUUGCCACCAGUUCACCAGUCUCAGAAUGCAUCUGACUCUUGAGAAUCCAAGAACCUUGUGAGUCCUACAUUCAGCAUUGUCCUACUCCCAAGCCUUUGUGCGCCGAGCUGUUGCCAGCAUUGGGCAAGGAGUCAGGGCUGUUGUGCGAUUAUGUUUCCCUUCUGCGGACUUCCUUUUCGUCCCCGCUUCCUGUUGUUCCUUGCUCCACAUCAAAUAGCAAUGCGAAGGAAAGAGAUGUGGGAGAUGAAAAGACUCUUUGCCCAUCCCCCACUGGCGAGGCCUGUUUGCUUUGUUUUGACAUGCUUGGUUUCCAUCUCAGGCAUGCUUCCUAUCAAGUGCCUCAUUCAUAGAAGUGCCCUAACGCCCUUCAGACCUCUCGCGCCACUGUCCUGAUGGACUGUCUAAUCCGCCCUCGUUGAAAACGGAAAGCCUGACGGGACGACUGGAUCUAAUCCUUCUUCCUCCCGCUUUGUCUGGCUCCGAGACAUCUAUGCCCCAGCUUCAUGUACUCUCUGCUUGAACGUGCAGGCGAUUGGUUUUACAGAAAUCAUAUUUAUACCUUUUGUAUGCUACAGAAAUAAAAGAUAAUUUAUA